AUGGGUUCUGGUAGCAGUCUACAAUCUAGAACGGUAGACUAUAACGCAACGGCAAGAGCAAUGAUAGCAAAGGGUAAACGACUUCUAGAUAAAGGAUUAUAUCAAGAAUCGCUUCAAGAAUAUCAAGAUGCUUUGCAAGAGAUGGAUACCAUUAAUUCUACAAAUCCUAAUAGAUCAAGUAACAAAUUGGAUAACCCCAUGCUAGAUAUUUAUCAUGGCAUGGCGAUAGCUCAUGAGAAACAAAGCGAAUGGACAGAUGCAGAAUCAGUGUAUUAUAAAAUGAUUCUAUUGCAAGUCCAAUUAACCGGAGAGAAGACCGUUCAAGUUGCUGAUUUAUAUCGCCAAAUGGGAAAAUUAUAUUCAAAAUUAAGCCAAUUCAAAAAAGCUUUAAUCAUGCUUGAAAAAUCCCUUCAAAUUCGAUUAGAAUUAUUUGGGAUUGAAAAUUUAAAAGUAACGGAAGCUUACGAUGACCUCGCGUUGUAUUAUUGCCGAAUGAAUCGAUUUCAUGAUGCCCAAAACAAUUAUGAAAAAUCAUAUAAUAUCCGUUUAAGGGAAUUAGGCCAAAAUGAUAUCGAAAUCGUCAAAUCAUAUAAUAAUAUAGCAGAUGUUCAUAUGCAGCAAUGCCAUUAUAAUGAGGCUUUGUCCUUCUAUCAAAAAUCGCUCAAUCUUUGUAGACGAAUUUAUGGCGAUAAACAUCGUGAUGUCGCUCAAUCCUAUCAACACAUAGGUGAUGUUGCUGUUAAACAGUUGCGAUAUGAAGAAGCGGCGGUCAUUUAUCAGACAUGUUUAAAUAUGACUUUGGAUUUAUUUGGCAAAAAGCAUGAAGAUAUUGCUCUUAUAUAUAUUAAAAUGGCUGAUAUGCAUAUUCAGCAAUCGGAAUAUCACGAAGCCAUGAGUUUGUGUAAGAAAGUGCAAAAAAUGUAUCAGCAAAUGGAUGAAAAAGAAAAUCCAAAUUCUACAGCACUAACGUUAAAAAUAGCUAAAGUCUAUCAUUUACAGAGAAAAUAUGAUUCUGCUUUAGGAUUACUGCGGAGUCUAUUGACAAAAUUAACUCAGAUAUAUGGGGAUAGGCACGUGGAUAUCGCUGCUACUAUGGAAGCUAUAUCAGAAGCAGUUUAUGAACUUUUUGAAUAUGAAACAGCACAAGACACUUUUGCUAAGACUUUACGUAUGCGGUUAGCAUUAACUGGCGAAAAUAAUGUCGAUGUUGCGAGGAUAUAUUUUCGCUUAGGUGAUAUUAACUAUGCCCGAGGUAAUAUUCCUGAGAGUAUCAAAUCUUAUCUUCGAUCUCUAAAAAUUCGUUUAAUCGUCUUCGGAGAUAGCCAUCCAUCUGUUGCUGAAGCCGGAGAUAGUAUCGCGUUUAUUUACAUGAUUUUUCGUAAGCAUCAUGAAGCUUUGGAUUUAUUCGAAAAAUCGCUCAAGAUCCGCUUACAUGUGAAUGGCGGAAUGAGUCCUAAUACGGCUGCAUCUUAUAAAAAUGUUGCUGUUAUUUACUCCAAAGUUGGAAGACUGGAAGAUGCCCUAGAAAUGCUUCAAAAAUCUCUUGAUAUUCGCUUGCAUCUAACUGAUGGCAAAAAUAAAGAUGUUGCUGUGUUAUACGAAGAAAUUGCAACAAUCCAUGCAUUACAAUCUAAAUAUGAAGAAGCAAUUACCGCGCUAGAGACAUCAUUAGAGAUUCUAAUACCCUUAGUGACGGAGGAACACCGGGAUGUUGCCAAUAUUUAUCUUCGUAUCGGGGAAAUAUAUAAAGCCCAAAAAUUGUAUAACAGGGCAGAGUUUUACUAUCAUAAGUCAUUAACAAAGUUAAUAGCAGCUAUCGGGGAUAGCAACUUAGAGGUAUCUGGUCGUUAUGAGGAAUUAGCUUACGUACAAUACUUGAACGAGGAUUAUGAUCAAGCAGAAGUUUUAUAUGCGAAAGCUUUGGACAUUCGUUAUACUGAUCUGCGCCAAAUAGACGAAAAAGUUGCAGAGUUGUUCCAGAUACUGGGAACUAUAUACAUGAAAUUAGAAAAUUAUAACGACGCUCUUAUGGUUUUAAAUAAAGCUGUCGAUGUUAGGACUCAGCUUUCAGCUGAUCGCAACAGUGAUUCUUUUGCCAAUUUGUAUCAAAAUCUAGCUGCAGUUCAUACUAGACAAUCAAUGCAAUAUAAUGCACAGCCUCUAUUACUUAAAGCUUUAGCAAUUCGAAUUAAAUUACACGGAGAUAACAGCAUUAAUGUUGCUAAUACAUAUGAGGCUAUGGCUCAUGAUUAUCAGCAACGCCAGCGAUAUCAAGAAGCUCUUACCAUGUAUCAGAAGGCCUUAAAAAUUGCAGAUGAUCAAUUAGGACCUACUCAUAUAUUUGUUGCUCAAUUAUAUGAUUUCAUCGGAGAUGCCUACAAAGACUUGCAUGAUAACAAAAAUGCAAGAACCAUGUAUCAGAAAUCAUUACAAAUUCAGGCUGAUGUAUUGAAAUUAGAGAAUCAAGACGUUUUAGACUUGUACAGUAAGUUAACUGAUCUCAUUCAGCAGCAAGGAGAUUCUGAAGACGCUGCUUUACUGUUAAAGCAGGCUAAACUUUUGCACCAGAAAUUACCAACCUUAACUACAAAUAAUAUUUCACUUAGUAAAUUAAAAUACAUUUUCUGGGAAGGCAAUCGGUCAUAA